GCGCUGCGUGGGCUGCGCUGUGAGCGCCGCUGCCAGGAGCUGUGAGGAGAGGACUAGCGAACUCAGAAGCCGGUCAUGGACUCAGUGACCUUUGAGGAUGUGGCUGUGAACUUCACCCAGGAAGAGUGGAUUCUGCUGGAUCCUUUUCAGAAGAACCUAUAUGUCAAUGUGAUGCUGGAAACCUGUAGUAACCUUGCUUCUGUGGGAAUCAAAUCAGAAUACCAGACCAUUGAAGAGCAUUAUAAACAUCCUGGGAGAAAUCUAAGGAACAUCACAUCCCACCCUGGAUACACACAUGAGCUUGAGGAGUAUGGAAAGAAGCAAUAUACCUCCAGUUCUCUCGCAACUAUUCACAUAUACAUGGGAGCCCACAAUCGGAGAGGAACCUGCGAGUGUGAAGUAUAUUCCGAAUCCUUUGGUUUUCCAAGUUCACAUGGAGUGUAUCAGCAGAUUCACAGUGGAGAACAGCCCCGUGAGCAUCAUCAAUAUGACACAGCCUUUAUUGGUCCCAGCUCAUUUUGCAUUCGUGGAGGGACUCACACCAAAGAAAACCCUUCUGAAUCUAAACCAUGUGCUACCACUCUGAGUCCUUUCAACUACCUGCCGUCUCCCAGCGGCACUCCUAAUGGAGAGAAGCAUUCUGGUUGUGUGCCAUAUGGCAAAGCUUCCAGUUGCCAAAAUUCCCUUCAAAGACAUGAAAUAAUUCACACCGGGGGAAAAACAUAUGAGUGUAGGCAGUGUGGUAAAGUGUUCCAAGGUCAUAGUUCCCUUCAAAGGCGGAAAAUAAUUCACGCUGGAGAAAAACCCUAUGAAUGUACGCAGUGUGGAAAGUCAUUCAUUUAUCCCUAUUUACUUAAAAUGCACGAAAGGUAUCAUACUGGAGAGAGACCUUAUAAAUGUAAGAUCUGCAGGAAAGCGUUUCUUUGUUCCUCUUUCCUGCAAAGACACAAGAGAACUCACACGGGAGAAAAACCGUAUAAAUGUAAGCAAUGUGCUAAGCCCUUUAGAGGGCUCAGUAAUCUUCGAGUACACGAAAGAACUCAUACUGGAGAAAAGCCCUAUGAAUGUAAACAUUGUGGGAAAGCUCUGCGAAGUCACAGUUCCCUUCAAAGACAUAAAAUAGCUCAUGCUGGGAAGAAACCCUAUGAAUGUAAGCAGUGUGGUAAGUCCUUCAUUUAUCCCUAUUUACUUCAAACCCACGAAAGAUCUCAUACUGGAGAGAAACCCUACAAAUGUAGCAUAUGCAGUAAAGCCUUUCGUUGUUCAUCUUUCCUGCAAAGACAUGAAAGAACACAUACAGGGGGAAAACCCUACGAGUGUAAGCAAUGCGGUAAGGCUUUCAGAGGUCAUAGCUCCCUUCGAUUGCAUGCGAGGUCUCACAGUGGGGAGAAACCAUAUAAAUGUAACAUUUGUGGUAAAGCCUUUCUGUGCCCCUCUUUUCUUCGAAGACACGAAAGGACUCACACUGCGGAAAGGCCCUAUCAAUGCAAGCAGUGCAGCAAAACCUUCAGGGGUCAGAGUUCUCUUCAGCUACAUGAGCGAGCUCAUAGUGGAGAGAAACCCUAUAAGUGUAAGGUCUGUAGUAAAGCCUUUCUGUGUUCCUCUUUCCUUCAAAGACACGAAAGGACUCACUGUGAAGAAAAGCCCUACGCGUGUAAACAGUGUGGCAAAGACUUUAAAGAUCAAGGCUCCUUUCAAAGACAUCAAGUUUCUCAUGUUGGAGGAAAACCUUACGAAUGUAAACAGUGUGGUAAGUCCUUCAUUUAUCCAUGUUUGCUUCAAGUCCAUAUAAGGACGCACACUGGGGAGAAACCCUAUGAGUGUAAGCAGUGUGACAAAGCCUUCAGAAGUCUCAGUUACCUUCGUAUCCACGAAGGAAGCCACACGGAGGAAAAGCCCUAUGAAUGUAGACAGUGCGGCAAAACUCUCAGUUGUUCCAGUGCCCUGCAGUUACACAAGAGAACACACACUGGAGAAAAGCCCUACGUGUGUAAGCAGUGUGGGAAGGCCUUCAGGGGCUUCAGUUAUCUUCGCGUCCACGAGAGGACGCACACUGAAGAAAGGCCCUAUGAGUGUAAACGGUGCGGGAAAACUCUGAGUUGCUCCGGUUCUCUUCAGCUGCAUGAACGAACUCACACUGGAGAAAAGCCUUAUGAGUGUAAGCAGUGUGGGAAGGCCUUCAGAGGUCUCAGUCGUCUUCGGGUCCACGAAAUCAUUCACACUGGGGAAAAACCCCAUGAGUGUAAACUGUGUGGCAAGGCCUUCAGAUACCAUAGUUUACUUCGAGUGCAUGAAAGGACCCACACUGGCGAAAAACCUUACGCUUGUCAACAGUGUAGUAAAGCGUUCAAAAGUCUCAGUAAUCUUCGAAUACAUGAAAAAACUCAUAGUGGUUUCUACGGAUGUAAACAGUGUGGCAAAACCCUCAGUUCUUCCAAUUCCCUUCGAGCGCACGAAAGAGCACACAGUGGAGAAAGAUCGUACGGCUGUAAAGAGUGUGGCAAAACCUUUAGACGCUUCAGUAAUCUUCAGGUCCAUGAAAAGGCUCAUGCUGAAGGGAAACCCUACGGGUGUAAACAAUGCGGCAAGUCCUUCAUUUAUCAGUAUUUACUUGAAAAGCACGAGAAGGCUCAUACCGCAGAAAAACCCUAUAAAUGUGUGAUAUGCAGUAAAGCCUUUAUUUGUCCUUCUUUCCUUCAAAGGCAUGAAAGAAUCCAUACUGGGGAAAAACCCUAUGAAUGUGUACAGUGUGGUAAGGCAUUCAAAGGCCUCAGCUCCCUUCAGUUACACGAAAGAGCUCAUGGGAGAGAAAAGCAUUAUGACUGUACACAGUGUGGUAAAGCCUUCAGAUGUCACAGUCUCCUUCAGGCACACGAACGAACCCAUACCGGUGAAAAACCCUAUGAGUGUGAAGAGUGUGGCAAGACCUUCAAAAGUGCUGGGUACCUUCGAAUCCAUGAAAAAACUCAUAGUGGUUUCUAUGAGUGUAAACUGUGUGGGAAAGUUCUCAGCUGUUCAAGUUCUCUUCAGUUACACGAAAGAACACACACUGGAGAAAAACCCUACGAAUGUAAGCAGUGUGGGAAGGCCUUCAGAAGUCAAAGUUCCCUUCGAAGACAUGAAAGAAUUCACGCUGGAGAGAAACCCUAUGAAUGUAAGCAGUGUGGGAAGGCCUUCAGAAGUCAAAGUUCCCUUCGAAGACAUGAAAGAAUUCACGCUGGAGAGAAACCCUAUGAAUGUAAGCAGUGUGGGAAGUCCUUCAUUUAUCCCUGCUACCUUCAAAUGCACGAGAGGUCUCAUACUGGAGAGAAGCUCUAUAAAUGUAAUAUAUGUAGUAAAGCCUUCCUUUACCCCUGUUUCCUUCAAAUGCAUGAAAGAACUCACACUGGUGAAAAGCCUUACACAUGUAAGCAGUGUGAUAAAGCCUUCCGGAGUCACAGCUCUCUUCAAAUGCAUGAAAAAGUUCACACAGGAGAAAAGCCCUAUGAAUGUAAACAGUGUGGUAAAGCUUUGAUAAGUCAGAGUUCUCUUCAGAGGCAUAAAAUGGUUCAUGCUGGAGAAAAACGCUAUGAAUGUAAGUACUGUAGUAAGUCCUUCAUUUAUCCAUAUUUACUGCAAAUUCAUGAAAGAUCUCACACUGGAGAGAGACCCUAUGAAUGCCAAGACUGUGGUAAAGCCUUUACAUGUUACCGUUCCCUUCGAAGACAUGGAAAAACACAUAUCCUAGUGGGGGAAAAACCCUUAUGGCGUUCCCGGGCCGGCGGUGUAGACGCGGACGAGUGGAGGAGCCUGGGCGCAUUCGGUGAGGAGCUGGGAGAGCAGCGAGGGGCUGACCGAGGCGACAAUUUAGUGCCAGGUCCGGGGGCUGAGGGGGUGUCUCGUUUUGCAGCUACGCUUUGCGAUCUUCGGCAGGCGGUGAAGGGCGGGUUCUUUCAGGCUGCAGUGCUGUGGGUUCUCUGUGGCCGAGGGAGGUGCGAGUGUGCUGCGCUGUGUGAGCCGGUACCGGAGCUGUGGGGAGAGCGUGGGCUAGCUCGGAACCGCACCAUGGAUCUUUUGGCCUUCGAGGAUGUGGCAGUGAAGUUCAGCCAGGAUGAAUGGAUAUUGCUGGGUCCUUCUCAGAAGAAGCUGUACAGAGAUGUGAUGCUGGAAACCUGCAGUAACCUUACUUCUCUAGGCAUCAGAUGGGAAGACCGGAAUAUUGAACAGCAGUGCGAACAUUCUUGGAGACAUCUAAGAAGUCACAUGGUAGAUACAAUCUAUGAGCAUAGAGAAGGUGGUUCAUUUGGAAUACAACAGCGACGGCACAGUGGUGAAGAAUCCUAUAAGCCGUCGGGAAUGGCCGUCAUUUGCCCCUGUUCAUUUUCUGUAGAUGGAAGAAUCAACACCGAAGAUAAAUGUUCUGAGUGUUUACAGUGCGGUAAAGCUCUGAGUUCUGGUUCCCGUCAACGUCAUAAAAGAGUUCCUAGUGGCGAAAGCCCCUAUGAAUGUGAACAGUGUGGACAGUCCUUCAGACAGCAAAGUUCAUUUCAUUUACACAAAUUAACUCAUAUUGGAGGGAAACCCUAUAAAUGUAAACAGUGUGGGAAAACCUUCAGAUGUCACAAUUAUCUUCAGUUACAUGAAGUUUUUCAUAUCGAAGAAAACCCCUAUGAAUGUAAACAGUGUGGAAAAACCCUCUGUUCUCCCAGUUCUCUUCGAUUUCAUGAAAGGAUUCAUAAUGGAGAAAAACUUUAUGUAUGUAAACAGUGUGAUAAAGCUUUCAGAUGUCAAAGUUACCUCCGAAUGCACGAAAGAACUCACAGUGGUGAAAAAUGUUAUGACUGUAAACAGUGCGGUAAAGCUUUCAGAAGUCACUGCUCCCUUAAAAGACAUACAGUAGCUCAUCCUGGGAAAAAGCCUUAUGCAUGUAAACAGUGUUCUAAGUCCUUCACUUAUCCAUAUUUACUUCAGACACAUGAAAGAUUUCACACUGGAGCAGAACCAUACAAAUGUAAGCUAUGCAGUAAAGCCUUUCUGUGUUCCCCCUUUCUUCAAAGACACAAAAGGACUCAUAUUUGGGGAGAACCCUAUCAGUGUAAACAGUGUGGUAAGGCCUUCAAAAGUCACAGUUCCCUUCGAUUGCAUGCAAGGGCUCAUACUGUCGAAAAACCUUAUAAAUGUAAGAUAUGUAGUAAAGUGUUUCUAUGUCCUUCUUUCCUUCAAAGACAUGAAAGAGCUCACAUUGAGGAAAAACCCUUUGAAUGUAAGCAAUGUAGUAAAGUCUUCAGAGAUUGGAAUACCUUCCAAACACAUGAAAGAUCUCAUAGUGUAGAAAAGCCCUAUAAAUGUAAGAUAUGUAGUAAAGCUUUUUAUUAUCCCUCCUCCCUGGAAAGACAUAAAAAGAUUCAUACUAGAGGAAAACACUAUGUAUGUAAAUAUGCAUGUGAACAAUGUCACCAGUCCUUCGUUUUUCCUUGUUUACUUGAGAGGCAUUUAAGAACUCACACGGAUGAAAAACCCUAUGAAUGUAAGCAGUGUGGUAAGGCAUUUAGGAGUCUCACUUACGUUCACAUACAUAAAAGAACUCACACUAAAGAAAGACUGUAUCCAUGUAAACAGUGUGAUAAAAGCCUCAGUUGUCCCAGUGCCCUUCAGUUACAUGAACUAACUCAUAUUAGAGAAAAAUCCUAUGCAUGUCUGCAAGUUGAUAAAACGGCCAGGAAAUUCAGUUAUUUUCAAGUACAUGAAAAAUCUCGUACUGAAGAAAAAGCUUAUGAAUGUAAGCAGCAAUGUACAAUUCUCAGUUGUCCAAGUUCCCUUCAGCUACACGAAAGGAUCCAUACUGGAGAGAAACCACAUGAAUGUAAACAAUAUGGCAAAACCUUCACAGCUCUCAGUAGUUUUCGAGUGCAUGAAAUACCUCACAAUCUUGAGAAACCCUCUGAAUGCAAGCAGCAUGAUAAAGUGUUCAGUCUUAGUAAUAUAUAUGAAAGGAAGAUAGCUGAAGGAAAUCCCUGCGAAUGUAAGCAGUGUGGCAAGUCCUUUGUUUCUCGGUAUUUACUCCAAAUGCAUGAAAGGGCUCAUUCUGCAGAGAAGCGCUAUGAAUGUAAAGUAUGUGGCAAAUCCUUCAUUUAUCCCUCUUUUCUUCAAAGACAUGAAAGAACGCAUACUGGAGAAAAACCUUAUGAAUGCAAACAAUGUGGUAAGGCCUUCAGAGUUCAGAGCUCCCUUCGAUUACAUGAAAGAACUCAUUCUGAGGAAAAACCUUUUGAAUGUCAACACUGUGGUAAAGCCUUCUGGCGCCUCCCUUCUCUUCAAGUACAUGAAAGAAUCCAUACUGGAGAAAAACCCUUUGAGUGUCAACAGUGUGGCAAAACAUUUAGAUGCCACAGUUCCCUUCAAAGACAUGAAAGAACUCAUAGUCAUGAAAAACCAUAUGACUGUCAUCAGUGUGGUAAGACCUUUAGAUGUCACCGGUCACUUCAGAGACAUGGAAAGACUCAUGCUGGGGAAAAAGCUCCAUGAGUCUGAACAGUGCAAAAACUUGUGGACUGUCUAAUUUCCUUCUGAUGUUUGAAAGUACUCCUGGGAAGAAAAUCUGCUAGUGUAAGACUAGUGAAAGCUUCAGGGUUUUUGUUGUUGUUGUUUGUUUGUUUUGUUAAUCAUAGACUUCCUGGAGAAAAACCUAUCAGGAAUAUGUGUUAACAUAUUCAGUUCUAAGCUGAACAUGGCAAUGCAUGCUUUUAAUCCCAGUACCGGGGUGUCAGAGGCAGGCAGAUAUGAGUUCCAGGCUGGCCAGGGCUACAAAUGAACAAAAAGAUGUUGGUUUCCAUUUGAAAACUUGAACAUCUCUGGUGGAACACCUUAGGAAUAAAUGUAAUGUUAGGAUACUUCAUUUUUCAUAUGUCCUCUUGAAUACAUAAUGAAAAUGGGGUAGCUCUUAUAGGAUUGAAACUAGUUUGGAAAGUAAAGUUUGCAACAUUUUAACAGUCAAGAGGACUAUUGGAAGUAAAUUUUAAAUAUAUUGAAAUCCUGAUGCAAGUUAACCUAUAAUGUCCAGAUUUUUAUAACAUGAAUUUAAUGUUAUAUAGGUUAUGAAUAUAUUGUAUUUACCAGGGAUUUGUAUUUAUUGGUGUUCCUAAAAGGGCUUGAUGGUGCAAGCCUGUAGUACUAGUUACUUAGGUCACUGACGGAGAAUUCCAAGUUCAGGACUUGGCCAAGCAAUUGAUGUACUGUUUUGUCAUCAAAAACUGAAGAGUACUACAUAUGUUGUUCAUUGGGUAGAAUACCUGAUGGACAUACCUGAAACUGUGAGUUCAGUCUCCAGUAUUCUUAUCAGAAGAAUGAGUUGCCAUUUCUUUUAGGCAUACAUUGAGGUAAAAAUGAAGUAUAGUCUUCCAGCAAUAGAGGUAGUUUAUUAUAAUAUAUACAUUAUUAGACAAUUCCAUAACUGAAGGUCAUUGUGUGUUCUACUGAUGUCGUGAUAAAGUAUUCCAUCAAAAGAAGCUAGGAAGGGUUUCUUUUGGUUUAGAGGUUGAGCUGUGUCACAGUUUGACAUGGCACAGAAGUCACGGCAGGAAGAGCUUGUUGGAGCUUGUCACGCUGUGUCUACAGUCAAGCAAGGAGUGAUGAAUACCCACGACUUUCUAGUUUUCUCUCUUUUAUGCAAGUCUAGAACCCAAACCCAGGGAAUAGUGUCACCUUGAGGGUGGGUCUUCCUGUCGCAAGUUAAAUCCCUUACAGACAAGCCCAGAAGCUCAUCUCCCAGGUGAUUUUAGAUUUUCUCAAGAUGAUAAUAUCAAUUAUCACAAAUAUAGUAUAGUUUACCGCAAUCUAUUUCAAACGUGCAGUAUAAUGUUUUACUGAUUUAGGAAACUGAAAAUAUUUGGUAUAAAUAUAUAAAAGGAUAAUAGUAUAAGGAUAAUAGAGUCUUCAGGACAGGAUACUGCUCUGCGUGUCUGUGGGCUCUAGUUUAGUGAACGUGAAUGUUAAGGACCUUACUAUACAUUAAUAUUACUGCAAUUAACUUUAUAGACACUGUAGACUUAGAUUUUAUUAUGUAUAAAAGAUCAUUUUAUAGUGAAUUAGGUAAUAACUUUUUAACUUUGCAAAGUUGCAAUUUUUUGAUGCAUUUUUACUUUCUUAGUCACCAAUUUGCAAAUAAGAAAUUUGUAUACCUUUGGAUUACAUUGGGUUGAGAAGCUUGAUUUUUUUUUUUUUAAAAAAAAUGCUUUCUAAUUUACUGAAAUGUAUUUUAUAAAGAUUGUUUAGUGAAUUUUGGUUUGGGAUUAGCCAAUAGUUUCUGAAAUGGUCGUAAGUGUACCUUUGUCAUUUUGUACUAAUUUACGUGAAGGGCACUCAACAUUGAUGAUUCAACUCGGGGAAACAUCGAGUCUCUAAAUUUUGCGUUCUCAGAUAUUCAGUUUUUUUUUUGUUGUUGUUGUUGUUGUUUUCUUUUUUUCGACAGGGUCUCACUGUGUAGCCCUGACUGGCUGGAACUCAGUAUUGUAUACCAGGCUGACCUUUAAUUCAGUGAUUCACCUGUUUCUGCCUCUUGAGUUUUGAUAUGAAAGGUGAGUGCCACAUUCAAGUAAGAUUUAAUACCUAAUUAAAAAUAAGCAUCUCGGGGGCUGGAGAGAUGGCUCAGUGGUUAAGAGCAUU